AAUACUAGACUUAUUUGCAGAAACAGAGACAGAGAGAAAGAGAAAGAGAGAGAGAGAUAAGAAAGAACCAUGUUUUGAGGAAGGAGACAUGCAUCAUCUCAAGCUUAUUACUUAACUUCUAUUUCUCUCCAUCUGUUACCAAAUCCAAACACCAUCUUUUGCUUGGAUCAAUUUGCUGAUUUUGUGAAUCAUGACUCUUGCUUGGUUUGGACAUUAGCUUAUUAUUAAGGAGACAGUGAAAGUGCCAACAAAUUCAAACACUCAAGGAUCUCAAUCUUUCAGCUUUGACAAACAACAUGAUGAUGCCCUGCUCGAUGAAACGUUCGGGUUUGCAGCUGCAAGAUCAAGAUUCAUCUUCAACGCAAUCUACUGGUGAAGAAUCAGGAGGUGGUUACAUGGUAAGUCCACAUGGAAAGGCUAUUGCAAGUUAUUGUAAGUCAACAACCACCUCCUCGUCCAUGGUGUCUCAAGAUUCUGUGUUUCCUCCUCCUGCUUCUGGUUGGUCUCUUCAGUGUCCUGAAACAUCACAUCUCAAUGGUUUCUUGGCUCCUGAAUAUUAUGCAUCACAACCAACGGUGGUGGCGCAUGUAGAGAUGAUGGGUUUGGUUACUUCAAGAGUGCCAUUGCCUCAUAACUAUCAAGAGAAUGAACCAAUGUUCGUCAAUGCAAAACAGUACCAUGCCAUUCUUCGUCGCAGGAAGCAUCGUGCUAAGCUUGAAGCUCAGAACAAACUCAUCAAAAGCCGUAAACCAUACCUUCACGAGUCUCGCCAUCUUCAUGCGUUGAAGAGAGCAAGAGGCUCAGGUGGGCGUUUCCUCAACACAAAAAAGAAGCUUCAAGAAUCAUCAAAGUCGCUCUGUUCUAGUUCGAUCACGCCGAGGUCUGAUUCAGACCGUGACAACAUGUUCCAAAACCCAUCUUACAGGUUCUCAGGGUAUCCAUCAACAACACAUCAUGUUUCAGCUCUCAUGUCAGGGACUUGAGUCAUUUUGAGAAGAAGAAUCUCGCUCCAGUUGAAAAGGGGGAAGUCAUCCUUGGCUAUAAAAAGUGUUAUUGCUUCAUUACAAAUUUUCUGCCUUUUAAAACUCUGUUUUCAUCAUCUGCAUUUUCAUUCAACUCUAUAACUUUCAAAAUCAUUGUCAAAUUAUAUUGUUAGUUACAAAUAAU